AUGGAUUUGUGUAUGAUAUGUGGGUGUGAGGUGUCCAUAAGACAUGAGACGCCGUGUGGACAUAAUUUUUGCUACUUGUGUAUUAAGAGGCAUUUGGGUACGCAAGAUGCUUGUCCUGUGUGUGGAAGGGGGCCCUUGAGGAUGGAAGGCCUAGCAGGUUCUGGAAUGCCGACUGAAGGGAGGAGCGACCGGAUAAGGAAGGAAGAGGACCCUAAGAUUCUAAAGGGACUGUGCAGGCUGAAGAGGUACAUAAAGGAGGAUAGGGAAAAUGAAUAG